UGAUCAUUACCAGUCAGAGUUCCAGUGCAGUUAGUAUCUAGAUCUAGCUACUACGUACGUGUGUGACCAUGGAUAUCAAGCAUUCUCUCCUCAUUCUUCUCCUGUUCACUCUGGUUACUCUGUGUAUGUUUUGGUUCAGGGCGGACAAAAUUGUUUACCAUGAGAUUGACAGGGGAAAAAAGAACCUUAACCUUAUACAUCAAUUCCGCAAUACUCUCAAACACACACAGCCUCCCAGCUCAUACUCAAACUCACACACACAGCCUCCCAGCUCAUACUCAAACUCAACAACACCUCCGAUACUCCCCCGAACUAAUCUACAGAAACAUGGCUCUGCCACCAUUACACACGUGAUUCCAAAAUAUUACUGGCGAAAUAUCGACAACUCCAUUAAUGUCCAAUUAAAACUUUUCUCAGCUUAUUACGAUGACAGAUUCUCACCAGAAGUCUACGUGUUGGGAUAUGAGAACCAUGAAGUUAAGCACGACUAUUACUGUGUACUGGGCUAUCAAGACAGAGUGGUGUGUUCCAAGGAGGCAGCAAAGAGGGUGAAUGUGAACGAUGACGUCGACCCUUAUGAAGAGUACAAGAUAGCUCUGUGGGGAUUCUAUUAUAUUUGCAAACUCCCCACGUCAGAUAUUCCCACGAAAAUUUCUAUUAGUCUCAGCCCAAUUUGUACUAUGAACUCUGAUAGCGACUGGCUACCAGUAGAAAAUAGAGAAAAAAGAGCAAAAAAGGCAAAGUUUGGAGUUUGUGUGCAAGGCCCAGUAUACAAUAUUGACAAUCCUCAAAUUGUUGUGGAAUUUAUGGAGCUGCACAGAGCACUAGGGGCUGAGAUUGUGACAGUGUAUGUUCAGACUGCGGGGGAGUUGGUCUGGAGAGCCCUGCAGCAAUACGCCGAUGAAGGUUUGGUCGAUUUAGUCAACUGGAAUCUGACUUUUGUCCAAGACUCUGGUUAUGUUCACUAUCGAGGCCAAUCACUUUUGGUGAACGAGUGUCUUUUUCGAAACAUGCAUAGCGUGGAGUACUUGGCUAUGAAUGAUUUGGACGAAGUCAUCGUUCCUCUGGGGAAAUCACGCACAUGGUCAGAUAUGCUGCCCGUGAUCGAGGGAAAGGGUAGAGGAGCCUUUCUGUUCGGCCACACCACAUUCACUAAAGAAUACAAAACUAUCAAGAAUGAGUUGCUUGAAUGUAGAUCUGAAACAGGCACCAGCCUGAAAGCUAUUGAACCUCCAAGGUUUAUGAAACAGUACAAACAAUUUCGAUUGAAUGGAUACGAGAAGUUUAUGAUAAAGCCAGUGUGUAGUAAGAAAGUUUCAUUUCAUCGUAUUUUUGGUUUUGUUGAUGGCUACUCAAUGUACAAGGUCCCCUCAAGUAUUGGGAUGUCAUAUCAUUACAGAGAUCCGCCGCUACCAACAAAAGGACGUCCUACAAGCGACGAUAGACUUCAGACUUUGUUUCCUGGGGUACUGGAAAAGAUCAGAGAACGAUCAUGUGCACUAUAUAAUUGAUAUACCGUAUAGCGCGAAAUUUUCGAGGCACUUAUAUUUCGUGGAUUAGCCUCUAAAAGCUAUUUCGUUGCACAAUGUUCGCGGAAUGACUGCUUACCGGAAGCCACGCCUUUAAAUCUUGCACGUUAUAGCAGGUAAAGAACGAUUUUCGUGGACUUAAUUUUCGUGUAGGAUUGCUAACCCACGAAAUCCACGAAAAUUAAGCCCCUCGAAAAUUUCGCGCUAUACGGUAAUACAUAAUUAUAUGGAUUGAUUUUAUAUGGAUUUUAAAGUUUUUUUUA